CACCAUAAUAAUGUGACUAUCUGAAAAAUACGUUUUCAAAAAAAAAACAAUAAUUCGUUUGAAAAGAAAAAAUAAAUCCGCACAUAACAAUGUCAUCUAAUACCCUUCUAGUUAACGGAUAAGACAGUCAUUACACUUGAUAAAUUAUGAUACAAGGCAUUUAUAAAAAUGUUGUUAAAUGAAAUUUUGAUCUUGGCGUAGAUGUGCGUGGGAAGUGUUAAAGGAGUAUGGAUGUACUUUAUAGUUUAAUGUUCUAGCAAAAACGGUGCAGAGAUUGUGUAUAAUGAUCGCAUUUGUGUUAAAUUCGUGAAUGAAUUUUUGGGUCGCUCGAGCACUCCAAGUUCAAUUCUAUGCUCGAAGGAAGGUCAUUCAGAAAUUUUAAGCGCAUGUCGUCAUUUAACCUUGAACCUUUACACAUUGAAAUUCGUGCUGGAAUUUACAAAACAAUAGAAGCAAAACGACGUAUAGACAACUGUAAUAGUAAUCAACCCACGCGAAUUGGAACAUUGACCAGGAAGGCACGUAUUUUCGGUCAGGAACCUUUGUUCCGAUAAGUGUUAAGUUUGAUAAAAGUUUUUCAACUUCUAUAAAGCAAUCAACGAGGACGAAACUUUAGUUCAUUUUUAUAACGGUAUUCAUCCAGUGUCAAACAAAGGUGGAAAGUUCCAAUCAGAAAAAUGCAGUUCAGUGUCACAGUGAUAUGCAGCAUAUCUCUGCUAACGUUGGUGUGUGAAGCUGCUGUAAUCUACAAGAAUGAGUGCGACUGCAAGCGGAAAAUAAUGAAAGCUUCGACGCUGCCACCACCGGACUUUCACAGCUUUAAACAGUGCGAAGAAACGAAACCCACCGAUUUGCAUCCCAUAAAAGACAUGUGCUCGUGUAUAGACGUGGCCCAUGUCCGCCCGGGUUGCAGUCAGAUAGACGACAUUCCCAAGUUUGCACCAUCAACGUCGUGCGAGUGCGGCUAUGACGAUUGUAAGCCUCCACCAAAAAAAUACCCUGCAGAUGUCAUCAGUCAACAUCUGGCGGUCGUUGCAGCCCGUAAGAAAACCAUAUCCGAGACAGACUUGCAUUUCCACGCACCACCCAUCAAGGUACCUCCGUGUCCCAAAGAGGUUCUUACUGUUCCCGAAGAGCUUCUCUACAAACUGAACCGUCAACCAAUCGAGCUGAAACCUCCGAAGAAGAAGUACAUCCCCAGAGUAGAUUUGUCCGAAGAGGAACAGCAGCCGUGUCUUCCGGAGAAGCAGUACUAUUCUGACAUCUGUUAUGGCAAAAUAGAGGCGCCCAACCCGGCACUCGAAGAGGUCAAACAGGAGGAGAUUCCUUGCCAAAUGUGUACGGAUAACUACACGGAAGAGGAAACGACAGAUUGCCCAUGUGAGUUAGAAACGGAGGAAGACUGCGAGUCCGACGAGGAAAUGCCCGAUGAGGCUCUAGAAGACGAAGAAGAAGAUGUAGAUUCCAACAAAGCGUCUGAAGAAAUUGAUUUGGAGGAGGAGAGUGGCGAAGAAGAGGCCUACAGGAAACGAUCGAUACGGCCUUCCUCGUUUGGACGGUCAAGCUCUAAGAUAAAAAACUAAAUAGUUAAGUAAUAAAGAUGUUUUGUUUGUU